AUGGUUGCUGCCUCGCGCCGCACCUCAGCGCUGGGGGAGAUCACCCACCGCAGCGGUGCUUCCGGGCACCCAGCAACGCCUGAUCCCCCCCUAUACUAUCCUCCCCGCGUAGUGUUGCUUCGGCGACGCCCGGCCUUGGAUCUUAUUGGGGGGCCCUCGCCGCGCUGGGCCCCUGGUGUAUCCGCUGUGGUGACUGAAGCCCGGGGGCCUCUUGGCCCCCGGCACCGUUGGGGUCUGUGGAUCGAUGGCCGCUGGCCAUACCCGAAACUCAGAUUCCUGGAGGGAGCCGCCCCGUGGGAUCCGCCGUUCGCCGGCGUUGUCCACGGGGUCUGGACCCUUCAUCCGAGGGCCACAUGCCGCAGCCUGCCAGCGCCUUCACGGGCGCCUGGUCGGAUCACCUGCGUGCGGACUGGUGCUGAGGAGUUUAGUGGGGGCAAUUGGAUGGUUUCAGCGUCCCCCCGGUACGCCGGGGGUGCCGCCGCAACCGGGCGCCUCGUGCGCCCCUUCCAUUUAACUACAUUCUACCCCUUCGGGGGUCUGGGCUCCCGGGACUCUCUCGCCGCAAGGCGGGUGGGCCCCCGGGAUGUCUUGCCAUGA